CACGAGCGCGAGACCGGCUCCGUCUCUGUUGUCCCGGUGGGAGGUUUAAAAAAAUACCGGACCGGAUUGUUUUUAAACUACUGGACCGGAGUUGUGGACUGUCAUUGAACUUAACUAUACCAGUCCAGUAGUUUUUAACUACAGCACACGGUAGUUGUUAAACUACUGGACUGGGUUUAACGACCAUUAUUCAAGUCGCCCAGCAGACUGGACCGGAAUAACGGACUGCAUUUCGCAAUGUAGACGGUCACCGGAAAAUUCACCAACUUGUUUUAGUUUGGACUUUUCCUGAAGUUCGCAUGUUGUCUGGAGAAAAGCAGGACUCCUGCGUCGUUAAGAGGAGAAGUUUGGAGGAGGAAGAAGGAGGAUAGAAAACCUUUUUCAACCGGACAUGUUUAACGGGAGGAGCGGUAGUCCCGUUCACUACAGCGGCUCAUAGAGGAACCAUUGUGUUGGCGAUGACGUCAUCCUGACUGAGAGACGCUCGAGUCAGAUCUGGUUGUGCAAUAGGCUGGGAGCUGCGGACUGGACCACUCCCUGUAAGAAAGAGAAAGAGAGAGAGAGAGAGAGAGAGAGAGAGAGAGAGAGAGAAGAGCAGCAGCCAGCGGGAAAAGAGGGAGAGGAAUGCUGGAAGAAGAACUGACAGAGGAGAGGUUGACCAACAUACAGAGGGACAUAAAGAGACAGGGAAACAGCCGAACAGAGACAGACAGAGGGACAGAAAGACACACAGACAGCCUGGAGGUUUGUGUGUGUGUUUGAGAGAGGAAGAGGGAGAGAGAGGAAGAGGGAGAGAGAAGAUGAGUGUCGGUAAAAGGAGGAGUGGAUUUCAGAUCACCAGUGUGACGUCAGAGUAUUCAGAAACUUCUGCAAACCAAUCAGCUGCCAGCCCUCUGACCAUUGUCCAAUCAGCUUCCAGCCCUCAGGGAAGCCUCUCCCAGCCGACCACACCUUCCCUUUCAAGGAAGUUUGUCUCCCAGGAGGCCCCAGGACACGGGGCGGGAUCUUCCAGAUUCAGAGUGGUGCGCUUGGCUGGUGGACGAGGUGAGCCUUAUCGCCGUGGGCGAUGGACCUGCACAGACUUCCUAGAAAGAGAGGAAGGGAUGGGGUUUAGAAGGGUGAUGGACAGCAUGAGACACGCCCACUCCCUGGAAUCUCUAGAGAUGAUUGGUCUAGAAAGAAAUAGGAGAGGUACUGGUGUCCACAUGCAUGCUGUCAGAGGGACAGGGCAUCACAUGCACUCUAAGAAGACCGCCAACCUACUUGCUCAGCCAAUCAGAGGAGAGGGGGAGGAGAUUGGAGGAAUUAGGCCCCUCCUACUGCACAGCGACCCGCCUUCUCCUACACACCGGGAGCCAAUCAGUCUGCGCCUGCUGGACUCCAAACAGCCAAUGGAAGCACAGUAUCGUGACUCCGCCCCCCCUCACCCCUCACUGCGCCCACGAAACCUCCCACGUCCUCUGCGAUUGGAUCUGGAUGCUGCUGGAAGGUCUGUUCUGAGGGCCUCUCAGUCCCAGCCUAGUUCUCCUGGUAGUUCCUGUUCUGCAGAUGGAACUUUCCAGUUCGGUCUGAUCCCCCUCCACACUCACUCAGCCUUCAGCCUGGACCGUACCAUCUUCCACCUGGCAGGGGACGCCAGUGGUUCCAGUAACAGUUUGAUCGCCAUUGACAACAAGAUAGAACAGGCCAUGGACUUGGUAAAGAACCACCUGAUGCUGGCAGUCAGAGAAGAGGUUGAGCUUCUGAGACAUCAGAUCAGAGACCUGCAAGAGAGAAAUGCCCAACUAGAGAAAGAGAACCUCCUCCUGAGAUCACUACGAGAUACACGCUGAUAUCUACACACACACACACACACACACACACACACACACACACACACACACACACACACGGAUAUCGCUAUGCUUAUACACACACUGAUCCACACACACAGACACACGCUGAUCUAACCCGAGGACUGUCUGUAGUCUACAGUCUGUAUUGAAGACAGACGAGUGGAAACCUGUAGACUUUCCAGUGUUGUUCUCCUUCUGAUCUCCAUCUUUUUGUGGUGUUUUAAUGAGCCUGUAAUUUAAAUACUUCCAUUCCCUCAGUGAUUCAGCCCACAUUUACCAGUAAAUAUUUCAGGAACACAAGAAUCCAUAGCUCUGAAGAUGAACUCUGUCAGGAACUCUGUCACUAUCAUGACAACAGUCCCUCUAUCACAGUAGAGUCUAGUUCUACCAGAGUAAUAUUUGGUUCUGUCAGAUUAAAGUCUGAUUCUAUCACCAAAAAAUCUGGUUCUAUCACCGUAAAGUCUGAUUGUAUUACAGUAAAGUCUUGUUCUAUCACAGUAGAGUCUGGUUCUAUCACAGCAGAAUUGGUUUCUACCAGAUUAAUGUUUGGUUCUACCAGAGUAAAGUCUGGUUCUAUCACAAUGAAGUCAUGUUCUAUCAAAGUAGAUGUUGGUUCUAUCAUAGUAGAAUCUGGUUCAAUGAGAGUAAUGUUUGGUUCAACCAGAAUAAAGUCUGAUUCUAUCAUAAUAAAGUCUGGUUCUAUCACCGUAAAGUCUGAUUGUAUUACAGUAAAGUCUUGUUUUAUCACUGACGAGUCUGGUUCUAUCACAGUAGAUGUUGGUUCUAUCAUAGCAGAAUCUGGUUCAAUGAGAGUAAUGUUUGGUUCUACCAGAGUAAAGUCUGAUUCUAUCAUAAUAAAGUCUUGUUCUAUCGCUGACGAGUCUGGUUCUAUCACAGUAGAUGUUGGUUCUAUCAUAGUAGAAUCUGGUUCAACGAGAGUAAUGUUUGGUUCUACCAGAGUAAAGUCUGAUUCUAUCAUAAUAAAGUCUGGCUGUAUCAAA